AUGGUCCAUGUGAGUGCGAGUGGGAGUGGAGGAGACGAAACUCCUGAAGAUACUAGAGGUCGUGCCACUGCGAAGAAGAAGACAACAAAAAAGUUUAUUUCCGCGCUUCAUGAAGUAGUGCAGUUCGGCGAUUUCGCCAUUCUGCAAAGCAUCCUGGACGAACGCGUGUUGUUGCCUUCGUUGAGGACGCCGGUGGUGGGCGAGGAAAUGAUUUAUGGUCAGCUUUUUUCCAUCAUUCUCGGCGGCUUGGUCCCCUUUUCCCUUGUAUUCUCGUGAAAUUUACAAGGUAAAAGGGGUCAAGAUGAGAAGGCCGAGAUGCAAUUUAGCAGACUCUAAAUGAAGAUGACCGCUCAACCCGAUUCAUCUAGUUCUACAAAGAACAAUAAACUGACACCACGUGAAGCAAGUACGAUCAUGGGCCAACCAGUCAACAAGUUCAACCAACGUCGAGCUGCGAAAUCUGGCGGUGACAGGCUUUCCACAAACGCAGUUGGAAUGUCAAGAACAGGCGCAGUGAACACUGUUGAUGGAGGAACAAAAAGUUCGGUAUUAUAUACUGCCCGGAAACAAGUAAAACAACAGAAAAAGGAAGUGGUAGCGGUUGCAAAGCCACUAUCGCAAUUCGACGAGGACGAGGAGGC